AACAAGACUCUGCUGCACAAGCGUCUGGCUGUAGAAGAAGGAAGCAUCUGCCUGGAGGUGUUUGAGCCACACAGUCCUGUCUGACGCUGCCAGCCAUGGGGGAUUUAAAUAAAGGGAAGAAGGUGUUUGUCGUGAAAUGCGCCCAGUGUCACACGGUGGAGCAGGGGGGCCGCCACAUGCAGGGCCCAAACCUCAGUGGGAUGUUUGGCAGGAAGACGGGACAGGCACCAGGCUUCUCCUACACGCAGGCGAACAUCGACAAAGGCGUUGUUUGGAAUGAAGAAACUCUGGACGUGUACCUUGAAAAUCCAAAGAAGUACAUCCCGGGCACCAAGAUGCUGUUCAGUGGAAUCAAGAAGAAAAGUGAAAGGGCAGAUCUGAUCGCUUAUUUGAAGGCUGCAACUUCCUGAUCCGCAGGUCCAGACUGCACGAGCAG